AUGCGUAUCUCCUGGAUCCCAUUAUUGCCCGUUGUAGCGGCCCUUGCAGUGCCUGAGGGGUAUGAGUCUUUAUUCCGACGACAGUUACCCAAGCAUGCAACCAAUGUGAAGACCAUUAAGACGGCGAAUAAUGUCACGAUUCGCUAUAAGGAGCCCGGGAAAGAAGGCGUCUGUGAGACGACCCCCGGCGUCAAAUCCUAUGCCGGUUAUGUUGAUAUUUCACCGACGGAGCAUACUUUCUUUUGGUUCUUUGAGGCUCGUCAUGAUCCCGAAAAUGCCCCGAUUACCUUGUGGCUGAACGGUGGUCCGGGAAGUGAUUCGUUGAUUGGACUGUUUGAGGAAUUGGGACCUUGUCGGGUCAACAAGGACAAUGAAACUUAUAUUAACAAGCAUUCGUGGAAUGAGGUUUCGAAUAUGCUGUUCUUGUCGCAGCCGCUGGGUGUUGGCUUCUCCUAUGCUGAAGAGGGGCCCGGUACAUUGAAUCCAAUUACGGGUUCUUAUGAAACCCCCGACUUUGCUGGCAUCGACGGCCGCUAUCCAAUCAUUAAUGCCACUGCCAUUGAUACAACUGAGCUUGCUGCCAAGGCUACUUGGGAAGUCUUGCAGGGAUUCCUGGGUGGUCUCCCUAAGUUGGACUCGAAAAUCAAGUCGAAGAGUUUCAACUUGUGGACCGAAAGUUAUGGAGGACACUAUGGCCCUGCUUUCUUUGAUCACUUCUACACGGAGAACUUGAAGAUCGCCAAUGGCACCCACCAUGGCAUUCAGCUGGAGUUCAACACUCUUGGUAUAAUUAACGGCAUCAUCGACGAAGGCAUCCAAGCUCCAUACUACCCCGAGUUUGCGGUCAACAAUACCUACGGCAUCAAGGCUGUCAACGAUACCGUCUACAACUACAUGAAAUUCGCAAACGAAAUGCCAAAUGGCUGCCAGGACCAAGUAUUGACCUGCAAGUUGACAAACCGCACCUCACUGUCCGACCAUGCACUCUGUACCGAGGCAACAAAUAUGUGCCGCGACAACGUCGAGGGCCCCUACUACUCCUUCAGCGGCCGAGGCACCUAUGAUAUCCGUCAUCCCCGCAACGAUCCAACCCCAGAAAGCUACUAUACCAACUACCUGGCACAAGACAAAGUCCUCAACGCCCUAGGCGUCGACGUAAACUACACCCAGUCCAAUAACGAGGUCUACUUCGCCUUCCAGCAGACCGGCGAUUUCGUCUGGCCGAAUUUCCUCUCCGAUCUGGAAGAUAUCCUCUCGCGACCCGUGCGCGUGGCUCUCAUCUACGGAGACGCAGACUACAUCUGUAAUUGGUUUGGUGGGGAGGCAGUCUCCCUGUCUGCGAAAUAUAAGCACAGUGACCAGUUCCGGAAGGCUGGCUAUGCGCCUUUCACCGUUGAUGGUGUCGAGUAUGGCCAGACAAGGGAGUAUGGCAAUUUCUCUUUCACUCGGGUUUAUGAGGCUGGUCAUGAGGUGCCGUACUAUCAGCCUGAGGCUUCGUUGCAGCUUUUCAAUCGGACCUUGUACGGGUGGGAAUUGUCGAAGGGCGAGGAGAAGGCGAAGGCGGAUACUGGGUCCGAGGGGCCCAAGCAUGCGACUCAUACACAGGCCUCUGUCCCUCUACCCACGGCGACGAAGGUUUGA